AUGCAUAAAAGUUAUUUGGCUUUUUGGCGACCUGGUGAUCUUUGUUGGACCCAAAUUGAUAUUGAAGGUUGUGGUGAAUUUUGGAAUAUCUACUACUUUAAAGGACAGUUUUAUAUGAUCACUUCUGUUGGAGUUUGGGUUAUUGAUGUUGCAGAGCCAGUUGUAGAACCUGAAUUGCUUGUUCAGAAGAACAUUAAUGGUGCAUGUUGGCCGCAUAGAAAGCAACUCUAUCUAGUUGAAGUAUCAGGUGCACUAUUACUUGUUGCACAAUUUUCUAAAUGUCAGAGACUAGGUGGAUCCAUUGAUUAUAAGAUCUACGAGUUUCGAACAUGGGAACUAGAUCUUAUCAAAAGUAAAGCAAAAGAGAUUAAAAGCUUGGGAGAUAGAGCAAAUUUUUUGGGGGGCAAUGGAUCAAUUUCCAUCGACUCUUCGAAGUCUAUAGGAGUGAAGGCUAAUCACAUCUAUAUUACUGAUAAUUGGAAAGGAGGAGAUGACAGAGAUAUGGAUAGCUGA